UCAGUGUGAUAGUGCAAGUGCAGCAUCACAGGUGUGCAUGCUGCAGGUGUCACUCAAAAACAAUGACAGCCCGAACCUGAGCCCCAGUAUAAGCUAAGGUGGUGUUGAGAUGACUGCACGCAAGAUGGUGGCGAGGAUGCUUGCCCUGAUGUACUCACUAACUCUUCUGUGUCUUGUGUCUGCGGCUCAGAGAUCAAACGAUGAAGUGCCUCGGCCAUCCACUCAGGAGGCCUUCCAGAAGCUGUUGGAGAUUGUGAAGGCGGAGGUACGGCAGGAGAUAGACAGCCUCAACAAGACAAGAACUAAGCUGCUUGAGGUUUCUCGACUUAUCCCAAGACCCCAGAGUGGAUCUGAGGCAGGUGGAAGCAAUGGCAGCAAGGUGGAUGCAUGCCAGCUGGCCAAGAUGGACACAACACCUGAGGCUGUGGCUGAAGCUUUUGAAGUCUUCACACACCAACUUGACCCUUGGGGCACCACAGCAACCCUCAAUGGUACCUUCCACCAACUGGAGUGCUUUGCUCAUGCACAGGCCAAGUCAUCACCUGGGGAAGUUCCUUUAGGAGAUGCAGCUCCGGCUCCACGCCCUGCAGUCACCAACUGCUUGAAGGUGUUGGCGAAGCGUCUCAGCACGAGUUCAGUUCAACUUUACCUCCUGAAUAACCUCGUCAAAAUUCCUUCAUCAUUAGAACAUCCUCCCAGUGCAUAUGAUCAAGCCUUGAAUGCUGGGGACAUCAGGACCAAAACCAUGACCAGGGAGCAUGAAGGGAAGCUCCUCCACAAGCUGCUCAACAAAAAAGAAAUGCCUACACUGACCUCAAAGAAACUGGAAAGGAAUGUAGAGACUACAGAGAUGUCAACAAUAAUCACUGAAUUUGAAAAUAUGAAGACCUUAAUGAACAAUUUGAGACAGGUACUUGGACACACCCACCCAUCCAGCUCCAUCAGCUUGCUACCCACUGAGCAUGGCCCUUACUGCAAGGGCAUCACCAUUACAGGCCCUGUACACACCAUCAUGUGGAAGAUGUUAACAGAACUAUCCACUGCUGCCCUACAGCUUAAGAAUGCUGAUGGGGCAAAUGAGAUCAAGGACACCAGGAAAGAACUACGCUGCCAAAUGGUGGAAGUUGCCAAAUUUGCUGCAGUGUGGUCAGCAUAUAUUAACUCUGACAGGGUGACAGGAAUGCUUGACACUAUUGACUCGACAAUCACAAACCUAAUUAACAAGCGAGUGAGAAAGGCAGCCAUAAUCUUCAAGCGGGAUGACAAAACCAGAGACCUUGCCACCCCAACAAACGAAAAUAAAGUAAUUAUGAAGAAGACCAAAGUGAACAUAUUCCACGAGGUUGAACUUCAUUCCCGCUGCUGUGACUAAGAGCUUGCCACAGUGAGAAGCCUCCCAUCCACUUCACUGUUAGAUUCUUCCUUUCUUAACACUGAUUCCUAGCUUAUGGUUGGAUAAAUAAAGGACUGAUGUAGCAUUU